CAUUUUUUUAAUCGAAUAAGACAUAAAUCUACCUGCAUAUGGCUCCGCCCAAGGGAUACAAUUUUUGACUGGAGUAACUACAUUGGCACGACACCGGCGGGCGUACCAUAUUCAAUGGAUGAUGAUUUUACCGAAAAGUAUAGCUGUCCUAAGCAGCCUGAUUUAGAAUUCCCCUCAAGAAUGAUGGGAAACAAAAAAAACACUCAUUUUCAACUUAUUAAUAUAAAUAUUGUUGUAAGUUAAUUUUAUUUCUGACACUGCGUUUUGAGGUCAUCAACAUGUUGUGACCCCCUUGGCCUAAAAGUCAAACUCCGUCUAUGUUUGUUAGAUUUACUGUGAUACUUGUUUAGUUUGAUUCAUUUAAGGUUUACUACUUCUAUCACCGUCAAUGACCCCUAAUUAGCCAGAACGCAUGAGCAAAAACAACAUACAAACAUAAAAGCUAAAGAGAGUUUUCAAACAGCAUUUUCCCCUGUCAUGUAAUGUUAUCGAGUAAAAACACAGCACACUGCUUCCUCAACGUAACCAGUUUUUUUUUUCUUCAACUUCCUGAGCGUAUUUGUUUCACUUCCCCACAAAUUCAGUGUGAAAGCUCACAGACGCUAUUUUUACUCAGCUGCUCAGGUGCAAUACGGUAAGAAUUUUAGGGAAAGUCCCACAAUGUAUCUCAUCAUUGCUCGUGAUGCUUGGAAAAAUUUAAUGAUGCGUACAAAUUGUCAUGGCAAGAGUUGUAGGAGAAAUUAUGUGGAUGUCCGGAAAACAGACUCCAAAAAACAAUGAGGUCUGAUCAGACAGCACAAAAAAAGAUUCAAGGACUGCUUGUAAUGUAGUGGUUACAUUGCGUAGCUGAACUUCCCCCAUUCAAGUGCAACUUUGACUCACACGCUCAGAACAAAAAGUUAAACGUGCCGACACGCUGGCGAUUCAGAGGAAGAUAACGGAAGACCGAAAGGAUGAAAACAAUGCUCAAGAUGGAAGAUCUACCAUUUAGAGAGGCAACAAUGACGUCUGAUGUGAACAUGUGACACACGUACAGUCAAAAGUCAGUUACUGAUGACACAUGGCGGAAAUUCCACUGAAAUGGCCUCUGGGAUGUGCUGUGUGGUUGACGCUACUAGUGCAGUUUUGCACAGGCAAGACCCCAACUUGCCUUAUCUGGACCAACCAGGGGUUCACGGUCCGCCGUGACACCAAGCUAGUUGUGUAUUGCACCUUCAACUGUGAGCAAGAGUGCAAACCUCUCAUGUACAGUGGUCACCCACCUGCUGUGCAGCUCCACAUGCAGGUCAAUUCAACCACUACAUUCUUCCGCAUGGAUAACAUCACCGAACAUCGGACCUUCAGCUGCGUGUGCGACUGCUCAGGCAAGCAGCAACAAUUGUGUGGAAAGGACAUCAAAGCUGGAUAUCCACCUGAAAUGCCACAGAACAUUCUUUGCAAGUACCUAGUGGUGAGCAAUCAGACUGGUGAGGUGCGUUGUUCCUGGGAAAGAGGCCGUGAAACACACCUGAAGGCUCCCACUGAGCUGGUGACCCUUGUAAAAGAUUCCUCACCUCCAUUCCAAAAAUCGAUCCGACCAACUAAUCCCCCAUCGGUGAAGUUUUCAGUGUCCAACAGAGUCCAUUUCAUCUCAGUCCAGGUCCGCAUCCAUAAUGCUUUGGGGUCAGCAGAGUCGCCGCCCGCCAACUACACCCUCAGGGAUAUAAAGAUCCCUACUGCCCCAGUUAUUGAGGGGGCUCAGUGCUCCUCCAGGAGGUGCAACAUCAGUUAUUGGCAGCGUGUGAAGACGGAGCAUCUUGAGGUCCAGUAUGCUACAGAACCAGGGCGGUGGGCCAGGUUUUCAAUCUCGAAUGUGCCCAUUGCGUCGGAUCAACUGCAGUCCAAUACGAAUCUGGAGCCCUUCCAGCUGUACCAUUUCAGAGCCAGAGCAAAAUUCAGUACUGGUCUGUGGAGUAACUGGAGCAACGUCAUCUCCAAUUGGACUGAGGAAGAAGCACCUGCCAAAGCACCAGAUGUGUGGUACACUCGGUCUUCCCCUGAAUCCAAUUCCAUCAGGCUCUACUGGAAGCCAAUGACCGGCGCCAAUGCCAGGGGUAAGAUUAUAAGGUACUUGGUGACGGUUCACUUCUCCAACUCUGGAUGGCUGUUCUUGGCCAAAAACAUCAGCGCAAACACCACAAGCACUUCAAUUGCACUUUAUCCUGGGUGUCAAGUGAUGGUUCGUGCCCUCAACUCCAGAGGGACUUCGCCUCCAGCCAGGAUUAGCGCCUAUCGUGUCAAAGCAUCAGUCCUGUUGGACAUACAGGUGAAGGGAGGUAAUCACAGUGUUAACAUCACUUGGAAAGGAACGGCGUUGGGUACUGUGGCCCACGUGGUGGAGUGGUACCGUGAAGGGUUGAAACUACAGGAAUUGCACUGGCUUAGAUUGGCUGGAGAAGAACGUCAGGCUGUCAUCACAGGUUUGAACGCUUCUGAGUGCUACAAAAUAGCUGUGAACAUUCUCUACAGCGAUGGGACAAUGACCACUAGAAUCUUCGGAUACAGCACCAGUCAAUCAGCCCCCCAAGUCGGUCUGACGGUUCAACCAGAAGUGGACGGCAACAAAGUGACUGUGACAUGGGAAGAGCUUGAUAGGGCUCAGCGUGACGGGUGUAUCACAAAUUACACUAUCUACCUGGAAGGCAGCAAUGGGGAUGCGCAGCAAUACUCUGUUCCAGGUACUAAGCGGGCAUUUGUCUUGGAGGACCAGCCUCCGGGCGUCCAUAGUCUGUGGAUGACUGCUUGGAAUUCUAAGGGGGAGAGUCCACCUGGUCAAAAAGUCAAGUUUCUUAUCAGAGAGGGAACCUCAUUUUUCCUCCUGGUUGGGUACCCGCUACUAGCUGUGGUGUUUCUGCUGCUGUGCAUGUGCCAUAUUACAGCCGUGAGGAAGAGGUUGUUGCUGCUAUUCCACUGCUUCAUGCCUCAAGUGGUGCCAGAUCCCGCAAAUAGCAAAUGGGCAAAGGAAUGCAGCCAGGACAAGGGUAAAAUGAAGCCGCAAUUCCAGCAGAGCGAAGCCGUUGCAACCGAGGAGGAAGAACCCAUCAUCAGCAUCAUCACAAGCCCGGAGGAGCUGUCCAAUCAGCACACAGAGGAGGCGGGCUCUCCAUCAAACAAUCCCUCAAUACUUCGGAAGACCCUCACUAUUUACAUAAAGAGUGACUCCCGCGACUUGGAUAGCUCUGAGCAAACUCAAAUCUCAUUGGACUCAAAUUCAACGACUGACGAUCGCACACCAGACAGACACCAGGCCGAGGAGAAGGAAGGCGUGGUUGAAGAAGAGAACGAGGAAGAAGAAUUUGCAGAGACGCUAAAUUCACUGCCUGAAUGGACCUUGGGUACCAACCCAGUGGAACCACAGAUCUUCAAGAAGUUGACCCUGGAUUCGGUCCGCAUCGAUUGCAGCAACCUCUUUGAGAACUGCUGACUACAUUGGGGUAAACUGAUCGGUCAACUAGGCAACUUUACUAGUUAACGUCGAGUUAGCUAGCCUACCAUUUCCUUAGGGAUAAUACCAUUCAACAGUGUAAAAUACAGCAAGAAAUAUGUUGUAAAGUUUUAUUUUAUCUACAAAACAACCAUGUAGACCAGGGGUGCCCAGGUCCGGUCAUCGAGAGCCCCUAUCCAGCUUGUUUUCCAUGUCUCCCUCCUCCAACACACUUGAAUCAAAUAAUCAGGAUAAUUAUCAGGCUCCUGCAGAGCUUGCUGAUGAGCUGAUCAUUUGAUUCAGG